GACGAAGAAAUAAGAACCGUGUAAUUUGAAUAGCAUCCAAUUUGUCCGCCAUUAGAGAAGUUCCAUCGCAGUUUCUCAUAUUGCUCUUCUCCUUCUUUUUCUUCCAUCCUCUUUCUCCGAACCUUCAAAAUCCUAACUCCAAAAUCACCAUUCGCAUUCUACAUUUUCUAUAUAAAUAAUCUCUAGAUCUUCACCGUACGAAACAGAAAAAAAUAAAAUAGUACUACUAAAUUUUGGUAUCAACAAUGGCGACGCAGGAAAAUCAAAACGUAAUCGUAAUGAGACACGGUGACCGGUUGGAUAACUUUGAGGAAUUGUGGGUGAUGAAAGCGGAAAGGCCGUGGGACCCACCUUUGCAUCAGGAUGGUAAGAUCCGGGCAUUUUGUACGGGUCAAAAGAUCCGAUCCAGUAUUGAUUUCCCGAUCCAUCGGGUUUUCGUUUCUCCGUUUCUCCGAUGUGUGCAGACUGCUGCAGAGGUCGUACGUGCUCUUUGUGACGUUGCUGAUCACAGCGGCGAGUCUAAUGUCUUGUCAUCCAAUUCCGAUUCAGUCAUCAUUGAUCCAUCUAAAGUCAAAGUAUCUAUUGAAUAUGGUUUGUGUGAAAUGCUGAAUUUAAUAGCCGUAAGAGCUGCUGUAGCUCCUAAGGAUGGGGAUUUCAAAUUCAGCAUCUCACAAUAUGAAUCUGAGUUGCCUGCUGGAACUGUAGAUAACACUGUUGAACCUGUGUAUAAGAAGCUGCCAGAGUGGGAAGAGUCGUUGGAAAGUGCAAGGGCUAGAUAUGUGGAGGUAGUUAAGGCCCUUGCUGAUAAGUAUCCUUCUGAGAACCUGUUGUUAGUCACACAUGGUGAAGGAAUAGGUUCCAUCUUUACUGAGCUUAACAAGGAUGCAACUGUAUUAGAGGUAGCAUAUUGUGGACAUUUGUACGCGAAGAGAAGUAUCCAAUCUGGAGAGAACCAAUCAUUUACUGCUGGAGAGUUUGUAUACGAGAAACAAACCGGUAUAAUAUCUGCUGCUAAAUAAAAAUAAGUCUACCAGACUCUUAAGUGAUUGUAUUGUUCGGAUUUCUUCCCUUUCUGCCAUGUCUGUUACUUAUCGUCCAUUUGGCGAAGCUUGCUGCUUGUCCAUUGCUGAACUAUGUUAUUACUCUUUUCUUGUUUUGAAACUUUUGAUUUGAAAGAGAGGUUAUGGAGCCCAGAUGGCUUCUGUUACCACCUUGUAAUUGUGAAAUCCCAAGAUGUAUUGUUCUCUGUUGGACUACUUACAUCCCAAUUGCAAUUGUUAUUUUGAGAAUGAUAUGUGGUAUUGCUAUUAUUUCCA